AUGGUGAUCGGUGCUGAUGCUCUCGACAUCAGUCAAAUUUUCUUUCCCACUAGAUGUAAUCGUUACUGUCAGUCUUAUACCAAAUGCGCGCUCGUGGAGCCGGCUAACUGCUAUGGAUGCACCCCUCAAGAGCAAUGUAUCCCGCAAGAUUGUGACACAUCAUGUCGCCUCCCCUGCCCUUUCUUCAACAGAUGCGUUCUGGUAAGCAGUUCUUCUAGCCGUUGUCCAACUCCUGCCUGCAGAUCGCUGUUUCCGGGCUUCACAACCACACCCGCGUACACGACUCGUCCUUCAUAUACUACUCGUCCUCCAUACACAACUCGUCCAACAUACCCCACGAUUCCGCCGUACACCACUCGUCCAACAUACCCCACGAUUCCGCCGUACACCACUCGUCCAACAUACCCCACGAUUCCGCCGUACACCACUCGUCCAACAUACCCCACGAUUCCGCCGUACACCACUCGUCCUCCGUACACCUGGCAACCUCCAUACACCACUCAACCACCGUACACCACACGACCGCAAUACACCACCACACCUCGCUACACAUUCCCGUUCCCAUUUCCAUUCUGA